GUGUCAGCAGGAGAAACAGCAGCAGCAGCAGGAGAAAGCUUCAGUGCCUGUGAGCAGCAGGUCUGCAGAGCAGAGCAGAGCAGAAAACAACGGAGAAGCUCGGAGGAUCAUCCAGUCCUGUCUCUCUCUCUGUCUCUCUGUCUGUCUGUUUGUCUUUCUUCACUGUCUCCGCGUCUGUCGUUCCUCUGCGUCUUCUCCUCCCCGACUACCAAGGGAUGGGGGGAUGAUCAGCAGCGACUCCCCUCCACCACCGCCGCCGCCUCAGCCUCCUCACCCACCUUCGCUCGGUCUCCGUGUGCCCUGACGGUCGUCGGAGCUGUGCCCAGGAUGUGGGCCCCGCUGCUCGGCCAGGCCGCCGUGUUCGCGGCCCUGUGGGCGCUGAGCACCUGCUUGACAGCGUCUCACGUGUGUCCUCGGAGUUUAGACUGUGCCCGAGCAGGAAGACACUUCUGUCAGCCGGGCAGCUCGCACUGUGGCCCCUGCCUGCGCCCCCUGGUGGAGAACUCCCACGGCAGAUGUGUGGUCAAGAGGAGACAUGUCACUCAGUCUGCUCAGCUCAUCAAAGGUAAAAUGAGCUCAUAUCCUGAGCUGGACGAGGAGAUCGACUUCCUGUCUGCCAUCAUCAGUGAGCAGAGAACAGAGACCAGGCUGCCGGUUUCCCUCUCCCAGGACGUCUCUGAGGCCAAACCCAAGCAGCUCGGUGAGGCCGUCGACGACCACAGCGCGUUGAUCACGGAGACGCCCGCGCGGCACGGCGUCCUGAACGCCGGACUGACGACGCCCACGACCACCGCAAACACCACCAACCACACUCUACUCAGUGACCCCAUCAUUCUGCCCCACCCCAGCAACGACCACGUCUUCAUCAUCAUGAGCAGCGUGUUCGUCGUGGCCGGUUCGCUGGCGUUGAUCAUGGCAGGAGCCUGUUGGGUCAGAUUGCAGAGAGGUCUGCAGCUCACUGAGAAGAUGGACUCUCCCACACAUCGACUGAUCAGAGCUCAGGCGUUUGACAACUUGCCCGGAGACAAGAAGCUGGCCCACAGCGCCCAGAUGUACCACUACCAGCACCAGAAGCAGCAGAUGCUCUCCCUGGAGAAACACAGGGAGGAGCCAAAGGUUCCUGACUCGGGGGCGUCGACUGAUGAAGAGAACGAGGACGGAGAUUUUACAGUAUACGAGUGUCCUGGACUGGCACCUACGGGGGAAAUGGAAGUGAAGAACCCGCUGUUUGACGACACCCCGAUUUACCUCCACAAGUUCCGCUAACGAACCCGGACCACAGCGCUUGUGUGUUUAAAAAAAAACAACACAACAAAGCAAAGAAACAAUCUGUUACAUUUACACACACACACACACACACACACACACACCGCUGUGAGCAGCCGGAAUGUGGGGAGAGUGUGAGGCGACGCUGAGGAGGACGAGGCGAGACGUUCAUGGACUCUUAAAGGACGUCACAGCGCAGGACUAAGUCUUGGACCGACGUCGCUCAUUCCACAGCCACACACUCGUCCUUUUUUUAUUAUUAUUAUUUCUCAGAUUUGUUCUUUUAUUGAAACUAAAAGAAAUCACUGCUGUAACACUGUUCGCAAAAAAGAACAGAUUCCACAGUUUCUUCACGAUUUCCUGUCAAUCAAUCCAUAAGUCAUUAUUAUUAUUAUUAUUAUUAUUAUAUCAGUAAACACUCCUUAAUUUAUGGAGGUCUUUGUUUCAGGCUUUUGGUUUUUUAUUAUUAUUUGUUAUUUAUUGAUUUCAUCCUCAUGAACACGUUGAACGCGGCACCGUGAUCUGUAUCACUGUUGAUGUAGCCUUGGUUUUCUCAGUGUAGUUGCUCUAUGCAUGAAUUGAUGACGCUGUGUAUGAAAACAUGAACGUGAAUA